GAGCCUGAUGAUCUCACUGUGCUGGUGCACGGGAAACAGGAAACAGAAGCCAGGCAAAAGGCAUUUGCUAUCUCAGCAACAACACAAAUUGCAAAAAAAUAACAGAGAAGGACAAAUUUACUGUGCAGACAGACUCCGGGUUAAGCUGUCACAGUAAUAAACAAGGAAUUGCUAUCCAUUGCUACAAAACGAAACCGCUUCUGAGUUGGUUUCAAACAUGUCUCCCCACACACUUACAAGAUAAAUCUUCGCUGUGCAGCUGGUUUGAAUUCAGAUCAGGAAGGAUUUUACCAACGGGGAGGCAUGGUGUUCUGCCGCUUGAAGUGGUUUAUAGGCUUUGGCAGUAGGGCUGUCCUCACAAAAGCUUCAAGGAGCAGUAACAGAAGCACCUCUUUGAUAUGGAGAUGCUGCUAUCACAGGACUCCAGGAAGCUUCCUGGAUCCUGAGAUGAGAGCGUUUCUGGAGGAGAACACUGAAGUCAGUAGCAGCGGGCACCUCACACCAGAGAUACGACUGCGACUUCUGACACCUCGCUGCAGAUUCUGGCAGGAAAGAGCUGACUUGUGGCCCUAUGGCGACCCCUUCUGGGCAAUCUACUGGCCAGGAGGCCAAGCCCUGUCCAGGUAUAUCUUAGAUAACCCGGAUGCUGUCAGAAUGGGAUCAGUACUAGAUCUUGGAAGUGGAUGUGGAGCAACAGCAAUCGCUGCUGUGAUGAGCGGUGCAUCCCAGGUCCAGGCUAAUGACAUUGACCCCAUUGCAGGAAUGGCCAUGGUAUUAAAUUGUAAGCUGAACAAUGUGAACCCCUUCCCUAUUCUAACUAAGAACAUCAUUGAUACAGAGCUGGACAACUGGGACCUCAUUGUUUUGGGGGAUAUGUUUUAUGAUGAACAACUUGCAAACCGUCUUCAUCACUGGUUGAGGAAAUGCGUCAGGACUCAUGGAACUAAAGUGCUAAUUGGUGACCCUGGGAGGCCUCAGUUCUUAGGCCACUGUAUUCACAGUCAAUUGCACAAGGUGGUCGAAUAUUCACUUCCUGAAUCCACAAGGCAAGAAAACAAUGGAUUAACCUCAAGCAUUGUCUGGAGUUACCAGCCCUGAGCUCUCCAUUUCUCCAAAAGCUGCUAACACUGGAUUUAGAAGAAGUAUGGUCUUUAAAAAAAGAAACAUGUUCUCUGUUAUAAAGUAUGAAAAUGGAACAUUGGAAAAUGGGGCAGAUCCUCCGCUGGUGCAAACUACUGUAGGGCCACUGAAGUCCACACAGUUACAAUUCACUCCUGCUGAGAAUCUCGCCCAUAGUUUGGGAGAAGCCUUACAGGUAUAUUCCACCCUCAGAUGUGCAGAUGCCCCUCGCCCUGUCCCAUUGAAGCCAAUGGAAGUUCAGCAUGUGUGUUCAAAGGCUGAACAAGAUGUAACCAAAUAAAAUAUCAAGAUAAACCGG